CGGUACAUCGUCAAUUCCGCCCGCCCGAUCCAUUCGUCGUCCUCAACGAUCUAUUUAGCAAUCUUAUUCCAUAAGCUGCAGUAUUCUCACAUUACAGUGCAAAUUACAAAGUCUUACUUAAAUUCCCGGUUACUUGCUACCCUAAGCCAUGAAUUCGUCGAUCUCACUCCGAUUUCCUCAAAACCAGCUCUGGUCAGGUACUCCCUUGAUGCAAGCUGAACAGUGCUAUAGUUCCAGUAGAUUGGUCUUCGUUCCUUUCUCCCAUCAGAAACCAAAAUUUGGAUCUCUGACGGUUAAAGCUAGCACUGUUACCAGAGGAAGAUCUAAUGAAGCAGCCAGUUUCAUUGGUGGUUUUGUGCUUGGUGGAAUUCUUGUUGGGGCAUUGGGAUGCAUAUAUGCACCACAGUUGAGCAAGGUUCUAUCAGAAGCUGACCGAAAAGAUUUGUUGAGAAAAAUGCCAAAGUUUAUAUAUGAUGAAGAGAAAGCUCUGGAGAAGACUCGGAAAACACUGGCUGCAAAGAUAGAACAAUUGAACUCUGCCCUGGACUCUAUGUCCUCACAACUUAAUGUUGAUGAUGUGCGGCCGAAUAAGGUUGCAGCAAAACGACCAGAAGAAACUUCCAAAUAAGUUGCAAGAUUUGCUAUGCCUUUGGGAUAUCUUUGUUUGAACUUAUUUCUUGUACUUUGUUGUUACCAUAACUACCGAUCGCGCUUAGAUUUCGUCAUAUGCAUACAUAAUAUUAAUAUAAAUGCAUUUCCUAUCUGAAAAAUAUAUUGGCGUGUGUACAUAUUAUUAUACUUCCUGUCUCAUUAAAUACUCAUUUUCCUACUACCUAUAUUUCAUUUUAUGUGUCGUACUUUGGUUUGACACAAUUAUUAAUAAAGUCAUUGAAAAAGUAAAAAUUG